AUGCGGAUACCACAGUCGUAUAUCCAGAAGUGCAAGGUAGUGGCGCAUGUCUUUCAGGCCAUCUUUGUCUUCAUAGCCGCGUGUUUAACUAUAGCCGUCAUGACGAAAGAGGGUGACAUCGGGGGUGCUACCAAGUAUUUCUUUGCCAUGUGCUUCGUUUCCAUACCCGCAAUCAUCUACCUCACAAUGGUACCCAUGUGGUCGCGCGCCCAACGCUUCGCCUCAGCCUACGCCUUCCUCGCCGUCGACGCCCUGUACACAAUCCUCUGGUUCGCAGCCUUCAUCUCAGUCGCAGUCUGGAACGCAAACGGCAUCCGCGAAGGCGCCGCAAAGGCAAAGAUACCAGACGACGAUAAAAACUGCACCACGUUCCUCUACGGCGACGAGGCAAAAUGCGCAGUCAGCAAAGCCGCUCUACCACACAAACUAACCAACCAACCCACCAGCAUCUUCUUCGCCAUCACAACCGGCGUAAGCGGCUACUACCUCCACAAAUACCUCCGCGAAGGCAAAAUGCCCUACCAAUCCUCAUCCAAGAACCCCUUCUACGAAACCGGCGACUCGUCGUACAACCCCGCCGGCGGCGCCACCGACCUAAACGCAAAAGACACAACUUGGAGUACGGAAAUCGAAACCGCUCACGGUCGCGACUCGUCCGACACCCUCAGCGACGACCGCCGCACCGAACACGGCGGAAACCAGCACGAAGACGAGUACGCGCUGUUGCACUCGACCGAUACCGAUGAGGGCAGACAUCCGGGCCGCCCGCUUAGCUGGGGCGAGGAGCGGAAUGCGAGUGUCUACGGUGCGGGUAGUGUGGGUGCGAGGUCGGUGCCGCCGUAUGCGGAUUAUAGUGUUGAGAGGAGGGGCAGUAUUGCGGCUGGCGUGGACGCGUUGAGCCCAGGGGGUUACGAUGAGUUUAGACGGGAUGCCGCGGGGGGUAUUGAUAGGGCGGCUAGUCAUAGUGGGAGUGGGUAUAGUUUUAGUGGUGGGCCUGGUCGGUGA